CGUGCGAUGCAGCGAUUCUCUGAACUGGAGCUGAAGGAGAACGAGGAAGGAGGAGGAGGAGAGGAGGACGAGGAAGAGAAGGUGAUGAUGACAGCAGUAGACAGCCAACAGAGAGACGCAGGGAGAGGAGAAGAAGAGGAGAAGAGUGAAGGAGGAGGAGGAAGAACUGCCUCUGCAGCCGCCGCUGAGGCAGCGACAAAUGAGGAGGAAAACAAAGAGGAGGAAGGAGGAGAGGAGAGACAAAUGGAUCUGUCUCCAGGCCGAGGCCUCUCUCCUGGACUCUCAGGUUCAGACUUCAGGAGGAGAAUCUUCAGUCUGGAGCCGUUUCACCAGAGCAGCAUCACCAGCAGCCGGCUGAAGAGAGGGAGGGAGGAGGAGCAGGAGGACGAGGAGACGGACUCGACCCCUGAGGACGUGAAGAAGCUGAAGGUUUGCAUCGAGCUGAACGGCCUCAGACUCAACAAACCCCGCCUUCCUGGGGAGCUCAACCAAUGGCUGCUUCCCAGCCAGAGGUCAGUAGAGCCGGACAGGAAGUUCAGGAUGGACGUCCCUGGUUUCAGAGCACCCAACAGAGGCUGGAGUGACCCGAUGACCACGAAGAGGGAUGACCUGAGAGUGUUCCACAUGGCCCCUCCCACCUCCACCGCCCAUCUCCCCAUGCAACCUUUCAGCCCCGCCCUCCUCGCCUCCUCCCGCCUCCAGGACAAACACCAGAGGCUGAAGGAGAGCCGCAGGUCCUCCACCUUCCUCCCUACUUUACCUCCUCUUCCUCUCUCCUCUUCUGCUUCCUUCUCUCCGUUUUGUUGCCGUGACAACAACGACCACAGCGAGCCAAAGGGGAAGCGUCCCUGCAAGAUAAAGCACACGGGAGGAGAGCGAGCGAGCAACGAGGAGCAGGAGGAGAGAAAGGCUUCUCUGUCUUGCUCGCCCAGCCCUUGCCCUCUCUCUCCACAGCACACACAACCAGCCCGUCCCCUCCCUCCUGGAGCUCGUCGAUUGAUUGUGAACAAAAACGCCGGAGAGACGCUUCUGCAGCGUGCCGCCCGCCUGGGAUACGAGGAGGUGGUGCUGUACUGUUUGGAGCAACAGGUGUGUGACGUUAACCACAGAGAUAACGCCGGGUACUGUGCUCUGCAUGAGGCCUGCGCCCGCGGCUGUCUGGGGAUUGUACGCCACCUGGUGGAGCACGGAGCCGACACCAACUGCAGCGCUCAGGACGGCACCAGACCGCUUCAUGACGCUGUGGAGAACGACCACGUGGAGGUUGUCCGUUUUCUGUUGGCCUGCGGCGCCGACCCCACCCUCACUUCUUACUCCGGACGAGGACCCCUCAACAUGACCCAUAGCGCUACCAUGGAAACGUUCCUGGAGGACUAUCUCUCCGACCUCCAGGGGCGGUCGGAGGGCGAUCCAGGGAUCUACUGGGAGUUUUACGGCAGCUCAGUGUGCGAACCGUCUACAAAGAGCCCAGUGGUCAACGUCCUCGCUGACCCUCCAGGGCCGGAUCAGGAAGGGGACGAUGAAGAGGAGGGCGAGGACGAAGACGAGCGUGUCAAGAGGGAGGUGUUUGAGUUUGAACUGUCCGACCGGCCGCUCCUCCCCUGCUACAACAUCCAGGUGGAGGAGAGUCAGGGACCCCGGAACUGGCUCCUCCUCUGCGAUGUCCUGGGUCGACUUCGGAUCACGUCUCGGUCGUUCCGCCGCCUCUUCCCUCAGCUGAACGUUCAGUCCAUCCCUGAGGACCGGUUCUACCAGCAGGCGUCUCUGUCCCAGCUCCUGACGGGUCCAGACCAGCAGGAGCUGUCCCCCUUCAGGCCCCAUGUGAAGGACUCUCUAGAGCUGGUGGAGGCCACGCCCGAGCUGGCCGGCAUGCUGGGCUCCUCCAUGGAGUUGGUGGACAGUCGCCGGGACUCGACGGAGGCUUCACCACCUCCAACACCGCCCCCCCUACCAUCACCGUCCCCCCUACCAUCACCGCCCCCCCUACCAUCACCGUCCCCCCUACCAUCACUGUCCCCUACCAUCACUGCCCGCCCUACCAUCACUGCCCGCCCUACCAUCACUGCCCCCCCAUCGACAGGCAGCGUCAGCAACUAAUGCUAACAGAGCAUUUCAGAACAGGACGCCAGCGUCUAACCCCUGCAGAGGACUUCAGGAUCCAGCUGCUGGGUGGGAAACCAACAUGUGGGAUCACCACAGGUCACAUUCUGCUCACCUGGAUUUCAAAACAGACUCUGGUCUGGGGGAACAGCAAAGAACCUGGAUCCCAAAAUCUGCUCACCUGGACUCAAAGAUUGACUGGAGCGUGUCAGAACAACGACAAAAGCUAAGUGAUGAUACUAAAGAUAACGCUGUUAAUCCAGACUCCAACUUGGACUUCCACAAAUCUGAACAACCAGACACACUAACUAACACUGCUAAUGUGAACGCUAACACUGCUAAUGUGAAUGCUAACACUGCUAAUGGGAACGCUAACACUGCUAAUGUGAAUGCUAACACUGCUAAUGUGAACGCUAACACUGCUAAUAGGAACGCUAACACUGCUAAUGUGAACGCUAACACUGCUAAUGGGAACGCUAACACUGCUAAUGUGAAUGCUAACACUGCUAAUGGGAACGCUAACACUGCUAAUGUGAAUGCUAACACUGCUAAUGUGAACGCUAACACUGCUAAUAGGAACGCUAACACUGCUAAUGUGAACGCUAACACUGCUAAUGGGAACGCUAACACUGCUAAUGUGAAUGCUAACACUGCUAAUAGGAACGCUAACACUGCUAAUGUGAACGCUAACACUGCUAAUAGGAACGCUAACACUGCUAAUGUGAACGCUAACACUGCUAAUGGGAACGCUAACAGUGCUAAUGUGAACGCUAACACUGCUAAUGGGAACGCUAACAGUGCUAAUGUGAACGCUAACACUGCUAAUAGGAACGCUAACACUGCUAAUGUGAAUGCUAACACUGCUAAUAGGAAUGCUAACAGUGCUAAUGGGAAUGCUAUCACUGCUAAUGGGAACGCUAACACUGCUAAUGGCAACGCUAACACUGCUAAUAGGAAUGCUAACAGUGCUAAUGGGAACGCUAACACUGCUAAUGGGAAUGCUAACAGUGCUAAUGGGAAUGCUAACACUGCUAAUGGGAAUGCUAACAGUGCUAAUGGGAAUGCUAACACUGCUAAUGGGAAUGCUAACAGUGCUUACCUGGACUCUGUCAUAUGGGAUCAACAUCAGGGAGGAAAGAAGUCUCGAGGGAAGAUUUCGCUCCAGUCAAAGCGUGCGGUCGUUGCGAACAUAUGGGAACCUCAGCGACUGCGCAGUAGAAGUUCUGUGAACUCAAACACCAAAGUGGACGCUGCGACGCCACGACCACAGCAAAUAGAAAACAAGAACACGCCUCUUUUUGUCAAGUCAAACAGUUGUGUUGAUGCUAAUACGACGGGCGAGGUGUCAGGCUCCUCUGCAGGGAUCAAUGUUAGCACAGAAGCUAACAGGUGGGAGCCCCAGGGAAUAAAGAGAGUGGGAGGAGCCAACACAGCGCCUCCCUGUUGCAUU